AUGCCCCGACGCAGACCCAAUUACGAUUUUGAAAUUCAUGUCGACCCUUCCUGCCUCAGUGCAGAAAUGGAAGAAGAAAACAGAUCUCAGUCAGGUGACAUAGAGGUCGCUGGAGACGCGGCACCUACCCACGAAGCAACACAACAGGAUCUUCCCGAACCGCACAUAGACGAGAUCGAACACGACGGCGAUGCCGCAAACACUAGUCUAAUGUCUGAAGAUAGAAGCUUGGAUCCAGAUAUGGUCGACACGGUAGAGGGGGACGGGUCCACAGAAAAUACUGCUGCCGACUUCUCGGAAUUGAGCCACGAUGAUCUUUCAGAGGCACUGCAGGACAUAUCAUAUGCAGAGGACUCGAUCUACGAAGAGGAAGCAAACGACCAGGGGGAAGAAGAAGCGCCUUCGGGUCACGAAGGUUCCAUACUUCCUAGUAUUGAGAGCGAUGCAGAGAAUGAGGCACACGAAAUCUCUGUUUUAGACGAUUCCCUUCUCGAAGACGACAGAUCGUCGCACAUUGGCACACCGCGAGGGACAUCUUUACGAACAGAAGCUCUUAUACAACAAGCGGCCAGAGAUAUCGUCGCUCGGCUUGGAAGCCCCAAUAGCGAACGCCAACAAUACGAGGAAGGGGAUGAGUCUGUGCUUAGCUCCCAUAGAGAUGUCUCGGAAGACCAACAAGAACUUAGCGAGUUAUCUUUGAUGGGAGGCCAAGUAGAGGCCGUGCCCGGGGAACGCCAAGUACCAAACACAGCCGAUGAGGGUGGUGACAGCAGCUCGCAACACGGUACGGACGAAGACGUUUUCAGCGACAACAGUGCAAGAAACUCUAUGGGAUCCUACGAUGGGGGUUCCGAGUCCGGCAAAGGGACGGCGAUUGGGGACGAUACUUCUGUUUCUGGACGGACCCCUCGUAUCUCCAACAUCUCCCAAUACGACUACAAAGAUGAAGACUUCAUCCCAACUAUCCGGGGUACUUCCAGACGCAGACCGCCUUUCCGCACGCCUGAGGAUGUUCGUGCGAUGCAGAUGUCUUCUCCACCUCCCUCCACUCGGGGAUCCGUCAUCGGCUCUUCACGUUCGAGCAAGCGUCAUUUCCCAACCGUGUCCCGUCUGGGGAGCCCGACACCGUCGGUACAAUAUUCGCCCAAAAACCGAACACCUUCCAGGUUCAAGGUCAAGGAAGCACCGUUGGUACUCCUCCAUGUCACCCUCCUACCCCUUCGAUGGAUGUGGGGCGAUGUUAUCAAUACCUUUGAGGCUUCAGAAAUGAGUGAAGAGGCAAAGACUUUGCGUGAGUCAUGGCGCAUGCUCCAGGACCGUAUGGGCGAUACUGUAUUUGAGAGAGGUAUUCUUCUCGGCCAUCCUCAGAAUGAUUAUGAACUUCUUGAGGAACGCCUGCUCGAAGCCCUCGACUUGCCACUACGGCGGCGCGCUCGAAUCUUGGAAUGUGGCCAUUACCUCGGACCGGCCAAUGAAACGACAAUAGGAGAUGAUUCGGAGAGUGAAGAUGACUACGAGAUGGAUCGUCCAGUUGCCAAGAGACAUUGGUGCAAGACGUGUAAGAGUGAAAUCUACUACGAUUCUCUCGGCCCUGGAAAGAUUUUCAGAGUCAAAGUUUACGCUAGCAACGGUCUCAUGAGGGCCGGUGCUUGGGACGCUUGCUGGAAGGAGAUGGAACGGGUAGACAUUGAGCUGGAACCUGUCAUUGAGCCAGGCGUUAAUGAGGAACUGGCUCGACUAGUCAUUCUUCAAGAAGAGCGCGAAGCGGCUGCUGAUCGGCAGAUUGAGCUCGCUGCCAACAUUAUCCAGCAUGUUGGGGACCAAGUCGAUGAACAACUAGAUCGUUCUUUCGACCAACGUCCUGAUCUUGUCCACGCACAACUUGAAAUCGCACCCGCCCGCCCUGAGCCUUUACCGGAUCGCGAGUCACUGGGCGAAGAACGUCACUUGCGCGAUGAGUGUCGUCCACGCGAGAUCUGUGGUAGUACGCCGAUCCCGCAGAUUGAGCCAAGACAACCAGAUGCAUCCACCCAUCAGCUGCAUGCUGACUCUUUUGUUCAGCUACCAUCGCCAAGCUCACCGUCAGAAGAAGCCUAUGAGCGCCUGCAAGCUCGCCGCCAGUCUCUGCAGUCAGCAUCAUUUUUCGAACUGCUCAUGCAAUCUGUCAGAGUCUUAAUGAAAGACACAAGAAAUAUUUUCAUUAUUGGGUUGAGCUUACUCGUUCUCCUAAUGGCAUUACGAUCUUCACAACAGUCUCAAAUGAUGGAUACCAUGCUCUUUGAAAAUAAAAGCGCUCCACAAGUGCAGCAGGCGGCCGAUAUGAUAGAGACGCCUGUUGAUGCGCGAGAAAAGGUUUCAGUCGUUGAUGAUACCGUUAACUACUCUGCGAAUACACAGAGCACCUCAACUCAGUCGAUUGUUGCCCAAGAGAGCGUUGCACCAACUAGUGCCUCGCCCGUCCAGAAACCAUCCAUGACGACCUCCCUGGUCCAAGAGCUACAGCAACACAACACCAUCGUGCCUGAAGUAGUCCACUCUGUUUCGCAGGAGACAAUGACCCAGAAGACAACUGUCAAAGUCGUAGAGACAGUCACCGAAACUGCAACCCUCAGGAUCGAGACAAUUACGGAAACCGAGACCAUGAAAGUCAAGGCUACCGUGACUAUGACAGAAACUUCGGAAACAUCUGAGCCUACUAGCGACUUAGGUCUCUGGGGAUAUCCAGGCGACGCGACCGAGACUUCACCAGUUUCAGAACCCACUAGCGAUCUGGAACUGUGGGUCCAUUCUAAGGAGAUGACCGAAGUUGAUGAAAUGCCCGCUACCAAUGACAUGACCGCCUAUGCCAAAAUGCCUGAAAUUGAUGUUGGCAUGUGGUUCGAUGAGAGCAUGCUGCUCGAGGCUGAUAUGCCCUCUGUUGGUGGGGUGCCCGAGAUUGGCGCCGGUGUGCGGGUUGACGACAGCAUGCUGCUUGAGGCAAACUGA